GGCGGGGGGGUCUGUGGCCUGUAGUUCAAGUUGCCCAGAACCACGGCAGGCGCGUGCAUGGCUUUCCGGGCCGACUCCCCCACCCCUUCGGACCGCUCGGACGCCGAUGAUGAGCUGCGGGAGGGCAUCGAGCAGAUCAGACGUGGCGACUACCGGGGAGCGCAACGCACGCUCGCUGGCCUGCACUCGGCAGACGUGUCCACGGCCGUGGAGGCCCUGCGCUGGAGCGCGCACGCGAGCGCCAAGCUGGGCGCCCACGACGUGGCGGACGCCCAGUUGCAGUCGGCCCUCGCCCGCGUCGAGGAACUGCCCGCGGCCCAGCAGCCGAAGGCCCGGGCCAGCAUCCAGCUGCGCCUGGCUGCGGGGGAGCAGCGCCGGGGCGACGACGCCGAGGCGGAGCGGCUGCAGAGGGCGGCGAUCGAGAGCCUGUCCGUGCACGCGGAGGACGUCGGGCUGGACCCCGUGCGGGCCUUUCAGCAGCGCCAGAACCACCAGGCGUCCCUCGGGUCCGCAUGGAACAAUCUGGGAAUCACCCUGACGCGGCGCGGAGAGCAGGCGCGGGCGAGGGAGGCGUUCGAGAAGGCCAUGACCCUGAGAGAGGAGCUGGGUGACAAGGAGGGCUACUGCAUGGCGGCGACCAACCUGCUGACGCUGCAGUGUGGCGAUGAGGCGCCCUCCGCAGAGGUGCUGGCCACGAUGGAAGAGCACUUGCGGACGGCAAGGCAGAUGGGUGCGUCCCACAACCUGCUUGUGCCCCUGCGCGUGAACCUGGCGAACUGCCUCGAGGCGGCGCAGGCGUGGCGGCAGGCGGCCAAGGCUCGCCGGGAGCUCUUCGGGCUGGCCGUGCCGGAGGAGGAGCUCAGGCUGGAGGCUAGGUGCGAGGCCUGCCAGGCCUUCGCUCCACGGCUGCGGUGUGGGCGGUGCCGCCGCGUUUUCUUCUGCACAGACGCGUGCCAGCGCAAGGCGUGGCCGGCGCACCGCCACGAGUGCACCGCGCGCGACGAGGCGGCCGAUCGCGCCAAGGCGAGCCGUGAGUGCCCCGUUUGCUUGGAGGAGGUGCUGCUGAGCUCCACCUCCGCCGCCUCCCCGGUGACAGUGCUAGAAUGCCUGCACGUCCUCCAUUCCGCUUGCUGGCAGGGUCUCCUGCAGUCCCGCCAGGGCGAGGUCAUCUGCCCGGUGUGCCGAGACACGUUGCCGAUGAGCGCGUAGGUCUUCGUCGUGCUUCGCCGGUCCUCCGACGCGCCCGGCCAGGCGCGCAGCAGAAAGGCGCAGAGGCGACGGCCAGGCGCGGAUGCAGUGGGGCCAGACCCCCAACUGGUCGAUCUGCGCGAGAAAGGCGGAUGAAUACCUUGCGCCGUGAAGGAAGUGGUGAUCACGAAAGCUCCUGAGGACACCCCACUCAGUGCUUACGGCACGGUAGCGAAUUCCAGCUAUCUCGAAGCAAAGCCUCGAUUGCCAACCGAGGCGUUUCAUUUGUCAGCGAGUGUCGGGCGUGUUUUUCGCCUGCGAUCGUUCUGGGGAAUUGCGAUGGACGUUUGCCGCCCUGCGCUCUAAUAAGGAAAGCAGGUGCAACACACGCAUGCGGGUGCCAGCUUGGUUAUGUUAUUUGUUCAUUUUCGCCAUCGUGUAAGUUUGCGCCGCUCUGAAGCGUGCUGGCUCAAUGCCAGGAGGCGGCAUGCACACGCUUACGGUCUAGAUCAAUCAGAGGGCACAUGUUGCCCAGGCUAACCAUAUUCUGCGCGCUGUCGUGCGCAACCCGUGAUGUGGACCAUUGCUUGCGGGACAACUCUGUCGGCAUCGAAGAGGGCAUCAGCUUGGUUCCUAUCCAGCUCUUGCAGGGGAAGCUGCAGGUGCACGUCGCCUACGCGGCAUCCGCGCCGGCAAAUGACACCAGCAAAGGCCAGGCUUUGUUGAGGUUUUGAGCGACAGCAUCCGACGUGCACAUUCUCUACCGUGUUGUUUUGUUCGGCGCAGUUGUGGGGCCACCAGCGCAAAGCGGGUUGAUGAUAAUCAGUGAUGCAGGAAAGUUCGGUGAGAGAACGCGCAUUCUACCGGGAACUCUCUAUUUCGACCGUCUUUUUGUGUUGUUGGGGUUUCUCCCAGGUCGUGGAGUAGAUGUGCACGUGAAUCUGCAGACGCACCGCCACAACAUGGAACACGCAGGCUCCCAGCAGGAUUGCCUGCACACAUCCGCAUCAUUUCCUUGACAGCCUCUGUUUUGUUAUUUUGCUAGUGGGAUCACGAGGCUGAUCCUGACACUGCUCCAGCGCCCAUGAAACCACAAUACAUUCCUCGGGCCUGUCCCUUGUAAGAGUGUUGUGGAGAGUCUCGCGGAAUCCAUCGUGACGCGCGUCGCCAUCUCUCGCAUGCGUUUGUUAAUUGCUCUUUCCUGCAGUCGUGCACAGCUAGACGUGGUUUGGAAGUACCAAGAGCAUGGUAAGUUGAACUUCUGCAGUCGCCCAGGAAGUGGAGCGGCCGUUGCUGCAAUGUUAUCUGCACCUGCAUCGCAUUGAUAGAAAAAGGUGUAAUGUUAGCCGAUGUUUGAGGCCCUGAGCCCUGGUAUUGCACGAGUAGGGCGAGCGCACUCGAUAAUCCUUGCGAUUGUGACGGAGGAGGCCCCUGUGGAAGUGGACCAUGAUCAUCUAGCCUGCGACAUGGCGGAGGGGCCUUGAUCAUUGGAGGGCAUGGUUCGUAGCGGGGCUUCUGCUGACCACAGGGCGCUCUAUUCCACCUUCCCUGCUGAUUCCCAACGUCAAGCGUGGAAAUGGAAGCUUCGGUUUCUUCUUUAUGGAGUGUCGUUUCGUUGGCAAACAGGCUCUUCCCGCAGUAACAUCGUCGUUUGUGCCAUCGACGGGCAUCUGUUUGGCGGCUGAAACUUAGUUCGUAAAGAAGUAUCGAAGACGCCUAAGGCGAGCGAGCCUCCGCCGCUUCCUGCCUUUUUGGGAAAACCCCAACGUCGGGCCCCCAUCUCGGUUUUCGCUCCCGCUUCAUACUCCCCCACUUUUUGCUGGGGAGUGAGGCCUUCACUUCGGCGCCCAAGCCAGCUCCCCAAACCGGU